AUGGCGGCGGCGCCGAGCACAGUCACACCGCUGGCGGCAGAGUCUUCCCCUCAGGAAGCUACCGUCUCUGCCGCCUCCUCCUCCUCCUCCACCGCCUGCGCGGCGGCGGCGGUGGCGGCGGCAGUGAUUGUGCCUGCCUCCUCCGCCACCUCCACCCCUGCCAGCCCGCCUGCCGGUGGCUGUGGCGACGGCGGCGGCGGCUUUGGCGGCUCCACUAUGGCGGCGGCGGGGAGGGGGGGCAGUAGUUUUAAAGUAGACACCCGCCCUUGCCUCAGAGAAGAUAUGAUUUGGAAUGAACAGGAAAAGACUGAACUUUAUACAGAUAACUUUUGUAAUAUAUGUGGAGUGUUGCUACAAUUUGAAUCACAAAGGAUUUCACAUUAUGAGAGUGAAAAACAUGCUCAAAAUGUUAGGUUUUAUUUUCAAAUGCAUGGGGAACAAAAUGAAGUGCCUGGUAAGAAAAUGAAGAUGGAUGUUAGGAAUUUUCAGGUCCACAGAAAUGAAGUAGCAGACAGAAAUAAAUUUUGUGAUCUCUGCAACAUGAUAUUUAGCUCCCCAAUUGUUGCUCAGUCUCACUAUUUGGGAAAAGUCCAUGCUAAAAAACUGAAGCAAUUAAUGGAGGAGCAUGAUCAGGCAUCUCCAUCAGGAUUUCAGCCAGAGAUGGCAGGUGUGCCUCUUACUACUUCUGCAGAAUCAACUUUUCUGAAGCCCCUUGCUGUCAAGCCUCCUCCAGGUGGGAUUAAAGACAAGACUAUGCCUUCCUCUUCCAGCAGUGCUUUGGAUUUGAAUAAUCCAAACAAGUAUUGCAAGCUCUGUCCUGCUUCCUUUAAUAGUCCAUUAAUGGCCCAACAGCAUUAUGUUGGGAAAAAACACAAAAGAAAUGAAGCUAGAAAGAAGUUUGUAGACAACAUAAGAGAGAAACCUCUUCCAGCAAAAUCAGAUGCAAAUGCAUUUAGUAUGAGAACCUACGUUUGUCAUAUUUGUAAUAUCACCUUUACAUCUUUAGAAAUGCUCCGGUCCCAUAAGCAAGGAAGCGAACACCAAAUUAAAGAAUCCAUUGUUACCAAUCUAGUGAAGAAUUCAAAGACACAAGACUCUUCCCAAGAUGAAUGUGCAGAUUACAUCCAAGUGCAGAAAUCCAGAGGACUGGAAUUCAAGACUUGUUUCAGAAAGAUGGAAGGGGGUUCUUUGGAAACCCGUGGGUACAGGGAAGUAUUUGAUUCCAGAUCCAGACAUAGAAUGUUUGAACAAAGACUCCCAUGUGAGUCUUUCUGCACAUACCCAGGAUCAUACAGUAUUUCACAAACAGGAGAAAACCAGUUACCUCAUUGUUCACCAGCUCAUUCAAAGAAGACCUAUGACUCUUUCCAAGAUGAACUGGAAGAUUACAUCAGAGUGCAGAAAGCCAGAGGACUAGAUCCAAAGAUUUGUUUCAGAAAGAAAAGAGAGAACUCUGUGGAAACCCGUAGGUACAGAGAAGUUGAUUCUGGACCCAGACAAAGAAUGUUUGAGCCAAGAUUUUCACUUGAGACUUCCCAGACCUACCAACAACCAUAUAAUAUUUCACCAGUAGAAAGCCAAUUACAUCACCGGUUACCAGCUCAUUCAAAGAGGACUUAUGAUUCUUUCCAAGAUGAACUUGAAGAUUACAUCAAAGUGCAGAAAGCCAGAGGAUUAGAGCCAAAGACUUGUUUUAGAAAGAUUAGUGAUAGCUCUACAGAAACCCAUAAGUACAAAGAAAUGGUUGAUUGCAGACCCAAACAUAGAAUGUUUGAGCAAAAACUCCCAUUUGAGGCUUCCCAGACCUAUACAGGAUCAUACAGUAUUUCACAAGCAGUAGAAAACCAGUUACCUCAUUGCUUACCAACUAAUGACAGCAAACAGAGACUAGACUCCAUGACCUCUUGUCAGCCCAUCAGAGACUAUUUCUCAGAAAAACCAAUACCCCUUAGCCUUAGUCAGCAAGAAAAUAACUCUGGCCCAUACAGUGUAGAAUCUGAAGUUUACAAGCACCUCUCUUCAGAAAACAGUACCGGUGACCAUCAAGCAGGUCAUAAACGGAGACAUCAGAAGAGAAGAAGGCACCUGGAGGAAGGCGAAGAAAGGCCAGAGAAAGAGCAGUCCAAGCAUAAAAGGAAAAAGAGUUGUGGGGAUACUGAUCUAGACAAGGACAAGAGCAUCCGACAAAGGAAAAGAGAGGGAGAUAAAGUCAGUGUCAGUUCGGGAAAGCUUAAACAUCGAGAAAAGAAAAAAAGCCAUGGUGUACCUACUGAGAAAGAAGAACGUAAGCACAAGAAAGAGAAAAAGAAAUCUGUUGAAGAAAAGACAGAAGAGGAAAUGCUUUGGGAUGAAUCUAUUCUUGGAUUUUGA